UGGAACAAAAGUUCUUUGCUUCCUUUUCGCAUUUGCACUAGUGUUACGGGUUUCAAGGGGGUGUAACAUCUUAAAGUCAGAAACAUGAGGGGGUGAAUGGUUCUGUUCGGUGCCCUUUACCUAGUCCACUGUCGAGCAACACUCGACGUGGUUCUGUGAGUCUCAGGAAAACGCGUGCUUGUCAACUCUGAGGAGCACGGCGACGACACACGGAUUUCCAUUUUGAUUCCUGCUUUCUUCCCAGUUAAGGAUUCCUCAUCUCCAGCGUGUUUGUCCGUCUAUUGCCCCAGCCCAUGUAGUUCUGCCGGGCUUCUUUAUCUAUGCACGUGUGGCUGGACUGUGACCACUGAAAACACACGGACGCUCCAAUAGUGGGAAAAGAACUACAAGCUCCCCUUGCACACCACGCAGAUAGUGACGGCCGUUCCGUCUCCAGGUUCUCUGACUCUUCUGCUCAAUACCCGUUUUGGGUUCCAUUUCUACCACUCUCCACACUGGUGUAACGCCGCAGCGUAUUUCGAGAUUCCUCGCGGCGAGUGUUCCGCGACACAGUUGCUACAGCGAUGUUCCUCCCAGUGCAUUGUUUCGUUCGCACAGGACGACCUUCACCUUCUACCUGAAAUAAGUGAAGUCGGGAGUGUUGACCAGUUUGCGUUUUACGGAGAUCCUCUGUCAGGACUUGACGGUUCAGUGGCGUCGCUUUACUGGGCAGCGUCCGGAGGUGAAGCAGAAAAAUCGCCUCUGGAUGAGCGGGUAUUUCGAGGGAGACAAGGCGCUUAGUUUUGUCGUGAGGGACAGAACUGUCGACGACCUUGCCCCAUUCAGUUUGCUGGUCGCUGCAACAUCCUUUCUCCGUAAACGAAAAUGGCGGAUUACCGACCCUGCCUUCACCAAGCGAUCAAUCUUCACGCUGGUCGUCUCGUAUCCAGCUAUUCGUCCUUUCUCGACUGCUGCAGCGUGAAUGAAGAGGGGAACCUAUGUGGCAUGUCCGUCGACAACUUCCUUCUCAAGCUUCAGGUGUUUGCCAUUAUUCACUCCAGCCGAUCGCUGCUGACGCUGGCGGCAGACUGCGCGGUAAACGCCACUCUGCAUGACACGGAGCGUCUUUGCUCUUUACUGACAGAGUCGAAGAGGAAGCUCCGCCACCGCAUUGCGGAGCUGAAGAGCGCAGAUAUUGGUAGCGAAACGAGCGACAGUGCUAGCGGACUUUCCGGGGGAGACACACAGCAACAACGCCGCGACCGUAUGCGAAGCACAGAAGAUGAGACAGAGAAGACUAUAGGAUACGGUGACACUGAUGAGACUGUUUCUUUCGAGGAACCACGUGCGGCUGCAGCCUGUCCGUUUUUUAAGAGUGGGGAAGAACGUCAAAUUUUUGCUUUCGACGAUUUGCUUGGCAGUUUUUUUCAUCAACGGGGUCAAAACGAUUCACCCGCGAAACAGUCACUCAAUAUGACACAUGUAGGGAAAGUCGCCGUAUCCGAAGAGCAGAGAUUGGAGGUGGACUUAAAGUAACUUCAGUUUGAACGAGUUCUUUCUCGGCCUGAAGAGCCGGUUGGUGCAAAAGACGCGACCAACUGUGUCCCUCACAUUGUCUAAAUGAAGGAAUGAGUUGUUCAUCACUGCCAAUCGCGGCGAUGUUCUGUUGUUCACUUCCGGGGACACUCUUUCUUCGUACGGCGGCAAUACGAUUCUGCAUCGUGAAAUACUCAACCACACUUGCCAUGAGUCUGGUUCGCUCAGUUCGUCAACAGAUUGUGAGCUUUUCGAGGGUUGCCUUCGUGGCAAGCUAUCCUGCGUAGGUGGCGGACUGAUUCGCUAAAAUAACUGCAUCUU